AAUAGCAGCAGCAACAAUGUGCUCGAAUAAUUUUGUUGUAGCAUUAGCUACGUUUGGAGUUGUUGUUGUAUUAUGUUCUAACGUUACGUACGCCUAUCCACCUACUUAUUCCGAUGAACCACCUGCGGUCAACGAUAGUGGUGGCAACGAUGAUGAUGGUGGCGGCUACAUAAUUCCACAAUUCAACCUCCAUUAUGCUCAAAUCCAGCAACAUGGCCAACUUCAAAAUCAACCAACAUCAUCUGGUGCCUCAGCAUCAUCAUCAUCGUCAUCAUCCACAACAACAUCGUCAUCAGAUGCAAUAUCCGCAACGUCAACAAAACCAUCUUUACAGGCAGCCUAUGUUUAUAAGGCCGAAGUACCAACGCACAUUGAACCGGAAGCUAACAAGGUUGUCAAUGCAGUUAAGUUGGCCAGUGCAACCUCACCAUCGGAAACAUCAGCCGCAGCAGGAACAUCAUACACAGGCCAUACAAAUACUUAUUCUAACAACAAUUCCGAAAAGGAUGAUGAUGACUUGUCGAAGAAAAUUAUUGGUUCAAGUGUUGUAACCUCUGUGUCGGUGAUUUUAAAUGGAAAUGAACCUGAAUUUACAGACGCAUUGGGACAAAAAGUACCAAAACCUCAACCAUCACUUCAAGUUGCAAGUCCUAUUGACCUUUUAAAUCCGGAUCGCUAUGAAUUCUAUACAUUCGAUGAACAUGGUGAAUUGGUUAAACGCCUUAUGACGAUGGAAGAAAUCCAAAGCAUUGUUGCAAAUGGAGAUGGUGAAGGACCAACAAUUAUACAUCAUGGCCCUAUUGAAGAUCGUGAUCCGGAGAAAAAUGUACAGGACAUUGUCAAUAGUGUACAAAGUGUGCUCAACAAGGAAGUCGAAUCGAAUAAGAAUACAAGCGCUGAUAGCUUACCAGUCUUCGAUACGCCUGAUGUAUCAUCAUCGUGGUCUAUGAUAUUACCAGCAAUAUUUGGUAAUACUGGCGGUGUUGACAUAUUUCCUCAACAGAAACCUCAACAAAUUGUCAUGACUCCAGAUACAGAAAUCAUCGAAACUUCAACAAAAGAAUCGACCACCACAACGACUAAGAAGCCCAAGCCUAGCAAACGAAAGCCAGCCCAAAAGCGAAAACCAACUACCACAACUACUGAAAUUACACCUCAAGUGAUACAGGAGGAACUGGAUUCUCAAGAAUCAGUUUAUACUGGCAUGCAACAGUAUCAAAAUUUGGCGGCAACUAUGCAAAACUAUGAUGGUUUCUCACAAUUGCAUAUGCAACCUAUUUACCACAAACUUCCUGAAAUAGAAACCUCCACACGACGUGUCUUUAUUAACAAUCAGGAAGUUGUAAAGAAACCAGAAACUAUCAAUGAAAAUUACGAUGUAGUCCUUAAUGAAAAUCUGGCUAAGAAACCAGUGUCUGUGCAACAUAAGCCAUUGCCACCACAUCGUAUAAAGAAACCAAAUGGUGGUCAUACAACUACAAAACGACCACAGACAAAUAAGCAAAAAAUUAAGAGGAAACCAACAACAACAACUCCAUCACCUACUACAACAUCAACCACCUCUACGACACCUGCACCUACCACUACAACUCCAGCACCUACAACAACGACAACUACGACCACAACUCCUGCUCCUACUACAACGACAACCACCACUACAACUGCUGCUCCCACCACAACGACAACCACCACUACAACUCCUGUGCCCAGUACUACAACCACAACGACCACCACAACUCCAACACCUACAACAACAGCUUCAACCACAUCGACUACAACCCCAUCAACUACGACUACUGUAGCGCCCUCAACUACUAAAGCGCCAAAGAAAAAGAAGAAGAAGCCAACUCGCCAUCCAAUUCACUCAUCCAGCACAACCUCAGACGGAUCCCUACAAAAACCACAUUUGACUGGCGAAAAACGGAAACCUUCUCCUAAGCCACAUAGACAAAGACCAAAACCAAUACAACCCCAUAAUAAAUAUCCACACCUUACAACGUCAUCUGAUUUAGCCGCUGAGGGCUCCGCUCACCAAGAAGUUUCACACAACAAAUUCCAACAUGUGUCAUAUCACAGACCACGUCCUAAACCAAACAAACCAAUUACUACCACCACAACUACCUCAACAACUACUACGACCACAACAACGACCACUCCUAUUCCGGAACCAUCGACCACCGUAGUAUUUUCGCCUAUCCCUGCAACAUCAACUACUAACAGUCCAAUUGAUGUAUCUUUAAUAGUGCAAGAUUUCGCCGGAUAUCAACAAACAAUAAACAAUUACGGAGAAGCUCUUCUAACUACAAGAAUUACAACAACCAACAAACCUGAUUUAGCUACUUCCGCCAACAUACCAUCCACAUCUGGAACCUCCGGAUAUCCGGUACCUUCUUAUGGUAUAUCAACUGACGAAUCAGAGGACUUUGGCUUUAAUCAAUACAAAAAGCAACCACUGCCAUCAUUUGCUCUAACACAGCACGGUUCCAAGCCCUACGAACAGGAUAUACAUACUUUACAAUCCUUUGAUCAAAUAAUGCAAUCACUGAAGCAGCCCGAACAAAUGGCCGAAAAGAUAAGGGAAGAUAUGUCAAUUGUAUCCAAUAAACCUGAAGUGAAACCUGUCAAAUAUGAUAGCGCUGAAAAUGAAGAUCAACUAGAAGAAAUGGUCAACAAACAUAUGAUUCCCACACAGAGUGCUAUGAAACCCAGACCACCUACGACGUUGAAACCUUCAAAUGCCCAAAACGAAGGCAAUACUUUGGCUACAACAUUACUAAAUUUUGAAUCGACUACUGAUUUAUCCAGUUCCGACGAAACAACUAUGCGCGAUGAAAACAAGACAUCGGACGAAGAAAUAAGUACACGUCCUCAAAAUUACGCAUCUACCAUGAUACCAGAAGAUAUUACUACACAUCUUCCAACAGAAAAGCAAACAAAUGAAGAUAUUGAGACCACUGAACUACCUAACAAUACACCAUUUGCUGAUGUCAGCAAAGAAUCAACUUUUAUCACAGAAGUUCCAGAAACUACGAAUAUUUUAACCGAAAAACAAAUGGAACCAACAACUACAGAAUAUCCCAUGGUUAAACAAGACGAGGAUGAUAUUCAGGAAUAUGAAACACCUGCUUAUGGGCAGAUAUCAACAACUAUAUCCGAACAGUCAACUUUUACAAAUGGCGAAGAAAAUACAACAGAUGAUAACCAGACAACAGAAAACUACACAGAACAUCUAAAAAUAGAAACUAGACUUCCUGUAUCUGUGCCACAUAAAGUAGAAACAAUGAUCAAUGACGAAAAGGACGUCAGUCGACCUAUAUUGGUAGCUGAUCUUAAACCUCAGCUUAACAUGGAAGUUAUCAAGCCUUCCGAGCAAAUAACCAUGUCAGAUUUCCAAACUCAAGCAGCUACUGUUGCUUCGACAUUGGUCGAUGGUACAAACACUGUAGCGGCCGAUUAUAGCAUGAUGAGUUCCAACGAGACUAAAGAUGAAAUUGCUUUCCUUAUGUCAGAUGUUAUUAAACAAAUAUCAAACACAAACGAUAAUUCCAAAACACAACAAACUAACUCUAACGACAAUCGCUAUUCAAAUCAGGCUCAACUUGAUUUAUCCUUCCUUAUGACGCCCUCUAAGGAAGUAGCACAAAAGCCAACAUCAAUUUCUUCCAAUUACCAACAAGAUUACAAACCAAUUUAUGAACGUUUUGAGAGCAUUCAAUCUAUGAAUCAUCAAAGUGAAAAUAUAAGUGACGAAUCUACCACACAUGUCAUUACAACUCUAGUUCCUGAAGAAACAACUCUCAAUGAAACACAAAACGAAGAAUUUAAUACUGACUAUAUGGAAAAAACAACACCAAGCUAUUUAACACACACUCAUGACGAAAUAAAUACAAAUAUGGAUACAACCAACUUAGAACAUUUAUUAUCCACAACGAUAGGUAUCUCCUCGGACACACUUGAAGAAAAUAUAACAACAGAUAUCUCUGAGACAUCAACAGAAAUUAAUGAUCAUUUGACCGAAAGUAGCGACGAAUAUAACAAAGAAAGUUCUAAUGAAAAAUUGGACAUAAAGAAUGAAGGCGAAAGUUAUGAUACUUCCACUGUUGCUUCUGAAGAAGAUGGUACAACUUUGCAAAUCCUUACUGAAUCUAAUGAACAAAUUACAACAUCUAAGGUGCCUGUUCCUUCACUUUCAGAGAUAUAUGCUCAACAGCAACAGUUUGAAGAUGAGAGAGAACCAUUAUUUGAAGCUGACAGCUCUGUAGAUACAACAACCUUAAUAAACGCUGUGUCCGAAGAAACAACCUUUUCAUCAACAGAAGAAGCUCAAAGCAACAUUAAAAAACAAGAACACUCAGUUGGCCAAGAGAACAAAUUAUCAGAAAGUACAGAUGCAAAUGAUGUUAGCGUGAGUACUGAAACUGAUUUAAAAUCUGAAACCACCACAAUAAAUGAUUAUAUGAACGAAGAUGUCAAAGUGACCACAGAAAUUUCCAACGAAACAAGUGAAGAGAAGAUGGAUUUAAUCGAAAUGGAAACUGCUACAGUAAAAAUUGAAUCAACUGAAGGUUUAGAAGAAUACACACAUAUCGGACAACAAACAAAUCCCAUUGAAUCAACAACAUCUAUAGAUGCUGCUUCAAUAUCCACUGAGCAUAGUGAAUCAGAAUUCUCAGAGGACCCCGAAAAUCAUGUCACAGAUGCCGAAUCGCAUCUCAUAACAACAGAAAGCGCAACAGAAUAUUCAACUCAAAGCGAGGAAAUUCAAGAAGAAAACACAGACUCCUUGGAAACCUCUACCCAAAUUAUAACUCCAAAAGAAACCGACGCUGAUCAAGCUACUACAUUUAAAACAGAGGCAAAUUUAGAAAAUGAAGAAACUACUACUGCUGUAUAUCAAGUAAGCGAAGAAACAUCUGCUGAAUUAAAUUCAAUGAUCUCCGAAGAAGAUGAAACUGAUGAAUCCAUUGAUGAGGAUCCUUACAUAAAACUGGGUGAAACAACAACCACUCAAAGGCCUGUACCAUCAUUGGAUGUUGAAUCUCAACCCAUUAGCCAAACAACAAUUCAGAGUACACUGUCUGAGAAGACCCCUGGGUUUGAGCAAGAUUUACCAAUGUUGGCACCACCAAAACCUAUAUAUUCUAUAGUUGAAAAUGAUGUUCCCACAGGAACUCAACCAAGUAUGUCAAUGGGAAAUUAUGGUCAACAAUAUGAGGAAGCCGACGAAGAAGAUGAAGAUGAUCAAAUUGGCUAUCAAGUUCCCAAGCUUCCAAACCUUGCAUCAAGUACCACAACCACCAGUUUCACAACAACAACUAGUACAACAACCACGCCCAAACCAAAAGUCACAACAACACGUCGCUUGAAUACUCUUAAACCAGUCUCUUACUUCAACAAACAACCAGCAUAUGCUUUAUACCAAGAACCAGUGGAACCACUCUACAACAAGCAAUCCUCACAGUCUUCUUACACACAACAAAAGGAAAAUUUACCACCAAAAGUUAUAACCUAUACCAUACCAACUCCUCAACAACGUCCCAUGCAAAGACCACCACAACUGAGCAACCUAAUGAUAUCUUCUACGCAAGCCACAAGGCCACCUGUAAAACUGGACCCAUCUCCUAGUAAUUCAAAGGGUCUAGAAGCAUCCUUAGCUAACUUGGAUGAAGAUAUUUUAGCCUUUGCCAAACUCUGCAAUGAAUUGGCCUUCAGUUAUUGGAAAUCAAUUACUUCAGAAAAAAUUAGCUCUGCCAGAAGUUUGGUUAUAUCUCCUUUCGCUUUAACUUCCAUGCUUUCAAUGGUGUUCCUAGGGGCUCGUGGCAGUACAUCCGGUGAAAUGAACGAUGUUCUUAAGCUGGAUGAUAUGGUGACCUUCAAUCCUCAUUUGGUGUUUAAAAAUAUCACCGAUUCUGUAGAGAAGGCCAUUGAUAGUGAUAUUGCGACAACAGCGUUUGUGCGCGAAAUCUUUAGUGAUCGGGCAAAUGGUAAAAUUUUGCAAUUCUUCAAGGAAAAAACCCAACAACUAUAUGCCGGUCACGUUGAAGAAGUCAAUUUCCAUGUCGUUAACGACAUCAUUCGUAGACGUACAAACCUUUUAGUGAAGCGCCACACAAUGGGCAAAGUCUUGGAGUAUUUGCGCACUAACAGUGUUUGGGUAAAUGGUCCACUGGCUACGAUCUCUGCAAAUCUCUUCCAGACCGACUGUUCACAUGGCUCCACACAAGACCGGGAUGGAGAGAUAUUCUUCCAGGUACAUCCAACAGUCAGACAAAGACGUCUCGUUCCCAUUCCAGCAGUACUUUUCAAGAGUGGAUUUACUGCUGGCUAUGAACCCAAUUUAGAUGCCACCGUUGUAGCCUUUGGUCAGAUACAGGACACUACUAGCAUGAUUUACGUAAUGCCCGGACAUCUUAGUUCUAUAUCGCCAUCUGAUAACUUGGACCGCCUUGAAAAGCAAUUGAUGGAAACGGCUAUUUCGAAGAAUGCCUGGAGUAAUUUACUCACCUCCCUAAUGGAUCGUCCCGGCAUGGAAGUACAACUGCCAAGAUUUUCACAUCGAUCAUUCGUAAAUGCCACAUUAGGCCUUCAGAAAAUGGGAUUAAAGGGUCUGUUCAAAUCCGACUACGCCGAUUUGGGUGGCUUAACAGGUUCAUCAAAUCGUGACAUUUAUCUAUCUGACAUGAUUCAAAUAAAUACAUUCAGUACGUGUGGCGAAGAGAAAAUAGCCGACCAUCAUCACGUAGAAAUGUAUCCGGCACCACCAUUACGCAAGCGCAAUAAGGAUGUCGAUGCUCGAGAUGAUGACGAGCAGGACUCCUCAGAGGCAAUUAUUGACUUUGGCUCACUGGUUCAAGAUUCUGUUUUAGGACGUGGCUUUUACGACGAUUUGUUAGAUCCCAAAUACCUGGAACUUCCGUUGCCUUUGAGGCCACGCCAAGCACGGGUGCCUGAUGCUCCCAGAUUAAGAUUUGACAAACCCUUCCUUUACUUUGUCCGUCAUAACCCAACAGGCAUGAUAUUAUUCAUGGGUCGUUUUAACCCGAGAUUAUUGCCAUGAGCCGUAGUUUCCUACUACAAAACUAAAUAUAAGCCAAACUUUUAAUUAUUGUUAAAACAAAAAGAAUUAAAAACAUAGUAAAAUUGUUCUGUAUUGCUCUUUAGUAACAAAUUCUUUAAAAUCUCUUACGAUUAAAAUCAUAUCAUAAAU